GGCGAUACGCGUGGGACCGGAAAGAGCUUUUAGAUUUCCCGUCUACCCUACCUCUGAAGCGGAGGUGGGACUGCCCUGUGGAGCCCCACCCUUUCCGCUAUGCGACCGCGCGGCGCAAUGACGUAAUCAGGCCCUCCCACUGCCCCUGUUGGGUUCCUGAGUCGUGCUGCGUCGACAACGGUAGUGACGCGUUUUGCCCGGAGCAUGGCGGACGCCGGCUUGCGCCGCGUGGUUCCCAGCGACCUGUAUCCCCUCGUCCUCGGCUUCCUGCGCGAUAACCAACUCUCGGAGGUGGCCAAUAAGUUCGCCAAAGCGACGGGAGCUACACAGCAGGAUGCCAAUGCCUCUUCCCUCUUAGACAUCUAUAGCUUCUGGCUCAACAGGUCUGCCAAGGCGCCAGAGCGAAAGUUGCAGGCAAAUGGACCAGUUACUAAGAAAGCUAAGAAGAAGGCCUCAUCCAGCGACAGUAGUGAGGACAGCAGCGAGGAGGAGGAGGAAGUUCUAGGGCCUCCAGCAAAGAAGGCUGCUGUAUCUGCCAAGCGAGUUGGUCUGCCUCCUGGAAAGGCUGCAGCCAAAGCAUCGGAGAGCAGCAGCAGUGAAGAAUCCAGUGAUGAGGAGGAGGAGGAGGACCAAAAGAAACAGCCUAUCCAGAAGGGAGUUAAGCCCCAAGCCAAGACAGCCAAAGCUCCACCUAAGAAGGCCAAGAGCUCUGAUUCUGAUUCUGACUCUGACUCAAGCUCCGAGGAUGAGCCACCAAAGAACCAGAAGCUAAAGAUAACACCUCUAGCAGCUAAACCUCAGGCUAAAGCCCCACCUAAACCAGCUCGAGCAGCACCUAAAGUAGUCAAUGGUAAAGCAGCCGGUAGUAGUAGCAGCAGCAGUGAUGACUCAGAGGAGGAGAAGGCAGCAGCCACCCCCAAGAAGGUCUGGGCCAUAACUUCUGUCGGGGAAGAGACUGUACCUAAAAAGCAAGUUGUGGCCAAGGCCCCAGUGAAAGCAGCUGCCACCCCUACCCAGAAGAGUUCCAGCAGUGAGGAUUCUUCCAGUGAGGAGGAAGAACAGCAGAAAAAACCCAUGAAAAAUAAACCAGGUCCGUAUAGUUCAGUACCCCCACCUUCAGCUCCCCCACCAAAAAAGACCCUGGGAACCCAGCCUCCCAAGAAGGCUGUGGAGAAGCAGCAGCCUGUGGAAAGCAGUGAAGACAGCAGCGAUGAGUCUGAUUCAAGUUCCGAAGAAGAGAAGAAAUCCCCAGCUAAGGCAGUCGUGUCUAAAGCAACCACUAAACCACCUCCAGCAAAGAAAGCAGCAGAGAGCUCUUCAGACAGCUCAGACUCUGACAGCUCUGAGGAAGAUGAAGAUCCUUCCAAGCCAGCUGGUACCACCAAGAAUUCCUCACAUAAGCCAGCUGGCACCACCAAGUCACCUGCAGCAAAGCCAGCUGCAGCCCCUAAGCAAUCUUUGGGUGGUGGCCAGAAGCCUCUCAUGCGAAAGGCUGACAGCAGCUCCAGUGAGGAAGAGAGCAGUUCCAGUGAGGAGGAGAAGACAAAGAAGACAGUGGCCACCACUAAGCCCAAGGCGACUGCCAAAGCAGCUCCACCUCUGCCUGCCAAGCAGGCUCCUCAGGGUAGUAGGGACAGCAGCUCUGAUUCAGACAGCUCCAGCAGUGAGGAGGAGGAGGAAGAGAAGACGUCCAAGACCGCAGUUAAGAAGAAGCCACAGGAAGUAGCAGGAGGUGCAGCCCCUUCCAAGCCAGCCUCUGCAAAGAAAGGAAAGCCUGAGAGCAGCAGCAGUUCUUCCUCUGAUGACUCCAGUGAGGAGGAAGAAGAGAAGCCCAAAGGCAAGGGCAAGGGCACUCCAAGACCACAAGCCCUCAAGGCCAGCAGCACCUCUGCACUGACUGCCCAGAAUGGAAAAGCAGCUAAGAACAGUGAGGAGGAGGAAGAAAAGAAAAAGGCAGCAGUGGCAGUUUCCAAACCAGGUUCAUUAAAGAAGCGGAAGCAGAAUGAGGCUGCCAAGGAGGCAGAGACUCCUCAGGCUAAGAAGAUAAAGCUUCAGACCCCUAACACAUUUCCAAAAAGGAAGAAAGGAGAAAAAAGGGCAUCAUCCCCAUUCCGAAGGGUCAGGGAGGAGGAAAUUGAGGUGGAUUCACGAGUGGCAGACAACUCCUUUGAUGCCAAGCGAGGUGCAGCUGGAGACUGGGGAGAGCGAGCCAAUCAGGUUUUGAAGUUCACCAAAGGCAAGUCCUUCCGGCAUGAGAAAACCAAGAAGAAGCGGGGCAGCUACCGGGGAGGCUCCAUCUCUGUUCAGGUCAAUUCCGUGAAGUUUGACAGUGAGUGACCUGGGGCCAUCUUUGGCGAAGCAAAGGUGAUGGUCAGAGACCACUCACUUUCUCUAGUGGACUUGGGAACCCUCAGCUCUCCAGGUGAGGGUCUUGAUGAGGACAGAAGUUUAGGGUAGGUCCUAAGACUUUACAAUGUAACAUCCUUUCUGGUCCUUUUCUGUGUUACCUAGUUUUGUACAGACUUGGUUUUGAGUGUUAAGUAGCAGGGACAAAAUAAGGGAAUGUUAUUUUUGCAGAAAAUUCGUUUUCAUUGUCUCCUUCCUUUUCUGUGAAAGUCCUCAUUCUAGAAAUUUGUAUAUUUUAUAUUAAAUCAUUUUCUAUUGAUUUUUGUUGUGAUUUUCAAAGGUGGAUUCCUACAGACAAAAACUUAGCUAUGCCCAAGACAUAGUAAAGGGUCACAGGUAUGACUUUUUAUAAUUGGAAGAAAAUUCUGCCUUUGUGAGUGCACAUGUUCACAUUUCAUCCAUCUUUCCCUCAAAACCCUAGCGAGGGGUAUUAAAGAAUGGCUGAUGUAUAUGCAAUGUCAUAUUAAGCAUGCACUGUGUAUUUCAUUCUCAUUUAUUGAGUCUGGGACUGAGGUUUUUAGCCAGCAUGGACCUAACCUACUUUUUGGGAUAAAAUUUACUGUUUUGUUACAGGCAAACUUCUGGUGUGGUAUGAAUGCCGUGGGUCAUUCUGAAUAUUUUUUUUUCUGUAAUUUUAUCAUUACAUGAUGUUUGUAAUACAUGCUUUGUUUUUUUAAUUUGAACGCAAAUUUUUCUACUGUUGAUACACAUUUUUUGACAACUUGACCCUUCCUAGUAUUGAGUACUAAGUUGAGGACUGCAUCAUAUUUCACAGUAUAGAGAACAAAAUGACAUUAAUUUGAAAAAUACAUAUCACUUGGCAUUGCUGUCUUGGUUGCAGUGGUGACAUAGAAUUGGUUUCAUUAAUUCCUACAUGGUUGAGAAUCAAGAAAGUGGGGAAAAGAAAAACUCAAUCCUCAGGAGGAAGGUAGGUUAUAUUAGAUGAAUUUAUUGGUAUUCUCUGUAUGUGCUAAUCGGGUUGAAAGAACCUUACAGACGAGGCGGGCAGAUCACGAGGUCAAGAGAUGGAGAACAUCCUGGUCAAUAUGGUGAAACCUCGUCUCUACUAAAAAUACAAAAAAAUUAGCUGGGCGUGGUGGCGCACGCCUGUAGUCCCAGCUACUCGGGAAGCUGAGGCAGGAGCAUUGCUUGAAACCCGGGAGGUGGAGGUUGCAGUGAGUCGAGUUCGCGAACCUGACAGAGCAUAUUACCUGAUAAACUUGAGUGGAGUGGGUUUGGGAGAACAAACUAACAGGAUUAUUGUGUCUCUUACUUAGUUGGUACAUGGGUCUCGUAGUUGGUACGUGGGAGCAAUUGAUGUGCCCCCUUCAGAACCUUAACUGUUAGUAAUAGUGGCAAUAACAACACAAACCAGUGACCGGAAAUACAGCUCUUAGGCCAAGUUGGCCUGUGGGUAUGGCUGCAGGAAGCGACUGAUCAGUGGUGGUACUCAGCCAGAACAAGACGGAGAGGGAAGAGUCCACAGCUUUGUGGAGGCUAAAGUGUUUGGGUGGUAGGAAAGUGUGCCCCAAGCCUUCAUGGAUGAUUUGUAGGUCUUAAGGUUAGUCUCCUCUUGUUUGGAUUCCACACUCGCUAAAUAACCUGAUAAUAACCUGGUUUUCCAUGUAACUGCCUCUAGAAGAAAAUGUACUGUUCAUGCUGACACCGAUAUUUCAGUCUGCAUGGUAAAAAUUCUACAUCUUACUAUAAAAUAAUAAACUGGCUGGUUUAUAAUGUG